ACGUUCCUGGUACUCUGAAGUAUCCACGCCGUAAUCCGCUGAUAUAUUCACCGUUUGGACGGAUUUUUGUGGGGAGUGUAAAUUCCCCGGUCUUGUUGGACCAUGGCCGACGACGACGUGCUCUUUGAAGAUGUUUACGAGCUGUGCGAGGUCAUUGGCAAGGGGCCGUUUAGUGUGGUACGAAGAUGCAUCAACAGAGAGACAGGCCAACAGUUUGCUGUGAAGAUUGUGGAUGUGGCCAAAUUCACCUCCAGCCCUGGCCUCAGCACAGAAGAUCUGAAGAGGGAAGCGAGCAUCUGCCACAUGCUGAAACAUCCUCACAUAGUGGAGCUUCUGGAGACCUACAGCUCUGAUGGGAUGCUCUACAUGGUGUUUGAGUUCAUGGAUGGAGCAGAUCUCUGCUUUGAGAUCGUGAAGAGAGCAGACGCUGGUUUUGUUUACAGUGAGGCAGUAGCCAGUCACUACAUGAGACAGAUCCUAGAGGCUUUGCGGUACUGCCAUGACAACAACAUCAUUCACCGGGAUGUGAAGGUAAGUUCAGUGCUGUCUAGUGCUUUAGAUGUCUGCUGACCAAAAC